AUGGCCACAAAAAUCGAUGAGAACCCGAUUAAACGGUACAAACCUUCCAGUCCGACACCUCAGUUAAGAUAUCAAGAAAACGGAAACAGUAUAAUGGAUCCAAUGGAUGUAUCAGUUGAAAACAAUGUAGCAACUGAAAAAAUUGCCAUUUUGGAUGCAGGUGCUCAAUAUGGCAAGGUAAUUGAUCGCAAAGUCAGAGAAUUAAAUGUUGAAAGUGAUAUGUUGCCAUUACAUACUUCAGCAAUAACACUAAAAGAAAAAGGAUAUAGAGCAAUUAUAAUUUCUGGAGGUCCUAAUUCAGUUAAUGCUAUAGACGCACCAAUAUAUGAUGCAGACAUAUUUAGAAUAGGAUUACCAAUUUUAGGGAUUUGUUAUGGCAUGCAAAUGCUAAAUAAAGAAUUUGGUGGCCAUGUCGCUGCAACUAUUGGUCGUGAAGAUGGUAUUUAUAAUAUUGAUGUAGAUAGUCGAUGUUUAUUAUUUAAAUCAUUGAGCAACAAACAAAGUGUUCUACUUACUCACGGCGAUCAUGUUGUCAAAGUUGCAGACAACUUUAAUGUGAUAGCUACAUCCAACAAUAUGGUUGCUGGUAUUGGCAAUGAUACAAAAAAAAUGUAUGGUCUUCAAUUUCAUCCUGAGGUGAACUUAACAGAACACGGAACUCAAAUGCUUAAGUCGUUUCUUUAUGAUGUGGUUGGAUUAGCGGGAAGCUAUACAGUAAAAAGUCGCGAACAGGAAUGUAUUAAAUACAUAAGAGAUCAAGUUGGCCAGAGUAAAGUUUUGGUACUAUUAAGUGGUGGUGUUGAUUCUACAGUAUGUGCUGCACUUUUACACCGUGCAUUAGAUCGAGAACAAGUGAUUGCUGUGCACAUAGAUAAUGGCUUUAUGCGCUUGGGUGAGAGUGAACAAGUAAUGAAGUCUUUGAAUGCUCUAGGGUUAGAUGUUAAAGCUGUAAAUGCCACAUUUGAUUUUAAAAAUGGUACAACUAUAUUGCCUGAUUUGCAUGUAUCCAAUCGUACUAGAAUUUCUCCUCCCCUGUGUCAAACUAGUAAUCCAGAAGAAAAGAGAAAAAUAAUUGGUGAUGUUUUUGUCAAGACUGCUGAUAAGUUCCUUAAAACAUUAAAUUUGUCUUCUGAAGAUGUGUUCUUGGCUCAAGGAACUUUAAGACCAGACUUAAUUGAGUCUGCUUCAAGUUUAGCUAGUACUAAUGCAGAUACUAUAAAAACACAUCAUAACGAUAGCAAGUUAAUACGUGAAUUACGAGAUAAAGGACGUGUCAUUGAACCCUUACAAGAAUUUCACAAAGAUGAGGUUAGGAGAUUAGGAAUGGAUUUAGGAUUGAGCGAAAGUAUUGUAUAUAGACAUCCAUUCCCUGGACCGGGUCUUGCCAUCAGAAUAUUAUGUGGAGAAGAACCUUUUAUUGAUAAAGACUUUUCUGAAACACAAGUUGUAGUUAAAAUUGUUGUUGAAUACAAUGAUAUGGUUUUAAAGAGUCAUGCACUUUUAAAUAGAAUAGAAAAUGCAACCUCUGAAAAUGAACGAGAGUUGUUGCGAGAAAUAUCAUCCAAACAGAAAAUGUCUGCCACGCUAUUACCUAUUAAAAGUGUAGGAGUUCAAGGUGAUAAACGUUCUUACAGUUAUGUGGUAGGCAUUUCUUGUACAGACCCUGAACCCGUGUGGGAAGACCUUUCUUAUUUGGCCAGAAUAAUUCCUAGAGUAUGUCACAAUGUCAACAGGGUAUGUUACAUUGCUGGUUCACCUGUGGUUUACCAAGUAUUGGAUAUAACACACACAUAUCUAAAUGUUCAAGUGAUAGAUUUGCUGAAACAAGCUGAUCAUGUUAUUAAUAAAGUUUUAACAGAAUGUCCAAUUAGUAUGCGCAAAGUAAGUCAGAUGCCGGUAGUACUUGUACCUUUACACUUUGAUCGAGAUAUUGCUUAUCGUCAUCCAUCAUGUCAACGUUCAGUUGUCAUCAGACCAUUUAUUACAGAAGAUUUUAUGACUGGUAUUCCUGCUCUACCGGGAAAGCAUAUAUCCGCUGCACUUGUACAUAAAAUGAUGGCUGCUGCUCAAAAACUACCUGGUAUAUCUCGAGUAUUAUAUGACCUCACGCCAAAACCACCUGGUACUACAGAAUGGGAAUAA